AUGUCGACGGAUUCGGAGUCGGAUUACUUUGACGAUGACGACUUUGUAGUGCCCUCAACCCCGGGUGGACAUCCCCGGCCUUCGAAACGCCGCCGCGUGGAAACUGAACGAGAUGAAGACGGCUCUUCGAUUGAUUCAUUCUCGGAUGAUGAUUUGCCAGCGCAGCGACGAGAUUCACCUAUCCGUUUUCAAGAUCACCCAGGCCGCUCCAAGAACAAGAGUUGUGUAUUGAACAACGCCCGGGUCGAGAAUGAAAUGUUCGUCACCCAACUCACACAGCCAUCUUCGAGCCCCGAACGAAUACGAGGCCCGCGAUGGCAGAAGCCCAGCGCCAAACCCCCUCCGCCGAAAUUCGACCAACCCUCCGGACAAGGUGGUGGACAGAGAGCACAAGAUCCCCAGGAUGACGAUGGGAUGAGGGCCGCGAUCGCAGCUUCCUUAAAUUCAUUCGAGGAAGAGCAGACCAACAGAGGAAGCUUCCAACAGCGGGGCACCUCAAGCGGUGAUCUGUCGAGACAUGCAUUCAACCAACCGGCACAGGUGGAUGACCUGGCGGAUGAUCCGUUUGACCUUGCGAAUAUACCCGAUGGUGCAUUUGAUUCUUCCCCGUCAUCGUCACCAAUAGCAAGACCAGCACAGCCUGCUCCUCCUUCGCAGAUAAGCCAGCCUAGAGCUCCAAUUCGACAGCCACCUUUAAGACAAAGUACACUUUACGGCAUGAUCGCGGCAGAUCCAGAACCCUCAGAAGCACAGCAAGACGUGGGCCCUCCCCAGAAAGCCGAGCCACCCACGCAUCACAAACUUGUGAAAAGUGCCAUGGACACAUGGAUCUUUCCUACAAAUUUGGGCAAGACCAGAGACUAUCAAUUUAAUAUCACCCAGGCAGGUCUAUUUCGCAACUUACUCGUGGCUCUGCCGACUGGUCUGGGAAAGACAUUCAUUGCUGCCACCAUCAUGCUCAACUGGUUUCGCUGGACAGAAGACUCGCAAAUCAUAUUUGUCGCGCCCACAAAGCCCUUGGUCUCCCAGCAAGUAUCUGCUUGUCUCGAUAUCGCAGGAAUACCACGCUCGGCAUCAACUAUGCUCACAGGAGGUGCAUCGCCAGGGAUUCGUGCCGAAGAGUGGAAAGCGAAGAGAGUAUUCUUCAUGACGCCUCAAACUCUGAUCAACGACUUGAAGACCGGAAUCGCUGACCCAAAGCGAAUUGUCUUGUUGGUCGUUGACGAAGCCCACCGUGCGACAGGCGCAUACGCAUAUGUUGAGGUUGUCAAAUUUCUUCGGCGUUUCAACAACAGCUUUCGUGUUCUGGCCCUUACUGCGACUCCGGGAUCAACAGUUGAAUCCGUCCAAGAGGUCAUCGAUGGUCUGGACAUCGCACGCGUUGAGAUCCGCACGGAAAACUCAAUAGACAUUCGCGACUAUGUCUAUGACCGCAACAUCGAAACUGAAACAUUUGAGAACUCGGACGAAAUGAUCUUUUGUAUGGACCUCAUGUCUGCGGCUUUGAAACCCCUACUCGAUCAACUCCAUACCCUUAAUGCAUACUGGGGACGAGACCCCAUGGGGCUCACUGCAUUUGGUCUUACAAAAGCAAGACAACAGUGGAUGCUAUCUGACGCUGGCCGGAAUGCCAAUUUUGGCCUCAAGGGCAAGGUGAACGCCAUAUUCACGGUCCUUGCUAGCUUGGCCCAUGCAAUCGAUCUGUUAAAGUACCAUGGAAUCGUGCCCUUCUACCGGCAUAUCCUUCAUUUCAAGUCCGGAAUGGAGGGACAGAAGGGCGGAGGCGGCAAAUACCAAAAGCAAGUUGUGCAGCAUGAGAGCUUCAAAAAACUGAUGGGCCACGUUGAUCCUUGGAGCAAAAACCCUGAAUUUAUUGGCCAUCCAAAGCUGGAAUAUCUGAAGUCAGUCAUCCUGAACCACUUCAUGGACAGGGGUGAAGGCAAGGAGACCACCGAAGGAACCACCCAACCUGCAACACGCGUUAUGAUAUUUGUUCAUUUCCGUGACAGCGCCGAAGAGGUCACCAGAGUGCUCAAAAGAUAUGAGCCCAUGAUCCGACCCCAUGUUUUUGUGGGUCAGUCCAGCGCCAAAGGCUCUGAGGGCAUGGAUCAAAAGACUCAACUGCAAAUCAUUGAGAAUUUCAAGAAGGGAACGUUCAACACAAUUGUUGCUACCUCGAUUGGUGAAGAAGGAUUGGAUAUUGGAGAAGUUGAUCUCAUUGUGUGUUACGACUCGUCCGCUUCGCCCAUUCGAAUGCUGCAGCGUAUGGGUCGAACAGGUCGUAAGCGGGCUGGUAACAUUACUCUGUUGUUGAUGAAAGGCAAAGAAGAAGACUCUUUCAUCAAGGCGAAAGAUAACUACGAAAAGAUGCAACAAAUGAUCGCCAGUGGAUCGCGGUUUACAUUCCACCACGACCGCUCCGCCCGUAUCUUGCCUGCAGGCAUACGUCCAGUGCCGGAUAAGCGACAAAUUGACAUCCCUCCGGAGAAUUCACAACAAGAACUCCCUGAGCCCAAACGCAGGGGAAGAGCACCAAAGCGACCACCAAAGGUUUUCCACAUGCCAGAUGGCGUGGAAACUGGAUUCACUCGAGCCUCAACCUUGGAUGGGGACAAGUCCAAGAAAGCCGCGCCCAAGAAGACUGCACCCAAGAAAGCUGCCGUUUCUCAAAAGCGAGCCCGAACACCUACACCUGAGCCGGUCGAGGUUCCAUCUCUCGACGAUGUAAUUCUCAGCGCGGACGCGCAAAAAGACCUAGAAAGGUUUUACCAGAACGUCGGCGACACAUCUCCGCAAAUCAUUCGAUUUCCUCGCAAUGAUGCUUUUCCAAACUUACAACUUGCCCAAAGGCCUACGGCUAAUGUCGCGCAUGGUUCGCACACACGGCGCAUGGUAGCUGCAUUGAAAAAGAUGGACCAGACCGAUGCUAGCUGUGAUCGUCAAUUCAAGGACAUCCUCGCUCGCGAACCCCCAGCCUCGGAUAAAUCUAGCCUCUUAUACGAAGAGCCUGCAAAGAAGCCACGAGGUGUGGCCAGACAACCGAAAACACCUUCCAAACCAAGUAUUAAACACAUACCAGCGCAAGACCCUGCGAACCCUGCUGGCGGGGAGGUCCAUUCGCUAUUGCCUCCUGCCCCUGAACGAAGGACCAUGGGUUUUGGCCUGGACGAUGAUUUUGACGACGAUUUUGAUCUUGAUAUGCUUGAUCCCAGCGAGUUGUUCAGCAGUGCUCGCAAGAAACUGUGA